AUGGCACCACGGGGCCCAAGAGGACUGCUGCUCCUGUUGUUCCUGCACACUGCCACAGCGUCGUCCGGGUGGGGCGGGUGUCUGGACGCUCAGGACAUCUUCGCGGCGGUCCGAGAGAACAGCCCGACGGGGGAGGUCAUCGCCCGGCUCAGCACCGACGUCACGGACCCGGGAGCCCGCCUCAGCCUGGCUGGGAAGGACGCCGACUGGUUCUUCCUGGAGGACGGCGCUCUCCGGCUGAACGCCGCACCCGAGAAGAUCCUGGACAGAGAGGUGCAGGGCCCUGUCCUGAUGGCCGAGCUGGCCUGCCAUGAAGACGAUAUACUCCAGAGUGUGUACAGGAUCAUGGUGGAGAUUCUGAACGAGAAUGAUAACGUACCUGUGUUUGCGGAGAACACAAUUCAGUCUGUUAUCCUCAGCGAGCUGACACCAGUGAACACUGUAGUGUUCACUGUCCAUGCCGUGGAUGGGGAUGACGACAGUCUGAUAUACUCUAUUGACCAGGAAUCACCUGAUGCGGAAUACCUAAAGUUGGAUCUCCCGAACAGUGGGGAAAUCAUGCUGGCCAAACCUCUGGAUUAUGAAACCAAGUCUCUGCUGACUGUCACUAUUCAAGCCUCGGAGAUGAGCACGGCCGAGCGCUUCAACACCAGCACCACGGUCACCAUCACGGUGGUGGACGGGGACGACCAGUACCCCCAGUUCCUGCCCUGCACCCUCCUCUUCCAGGACCCCUUCAACCGCAUCUGCAUCAGCCCGGUGUACACCGUCAACGUCACCGAGGGGCAGGAGGACAUCGUGUUAGACCUGUGUCCUGGUCCCAUCCACGCGGUGGAUGGAGACAGCGGCCUCAGCUCCCCCAUCAGCUACGCCAUUCUCUCAGGGGGUGAUGAUGGCCGCUUCCAGAUGGACAGACAGACGGGGGAAGUGCGGCUGAUUCAGGCGGUGACAGACAGACUGACCAAACCCACCCUGCACAUACGGGUCAUGGCCUACCAGGAGGACGAUCCCAGGAAGUACACGGUGGCGUCGGUGCUGGUGUACGUCCACGCGGUCAACAGCUUCCCGCCGCGGUUCGAGCAGCAGGAGUACCAGGGCUUCGUGAACGUGGCCAACAUCCCCGCCUCGCUGGUCAACACCUACGGCAACCAAGUGUUGAUGUUACGCGUGCUGGAUGGAGACUUUACACAUGGAUCGAAUCCAAUGAUCCAGUUCACCUUUAGCCCUGCGUCCAAUCAGACGGCUCUCUACCAGAUCACCCAGGAGGGUCUUGUGAUCGCGAAGCCCAAUCAGCUGAGCGCUAAGCAGCGACACCGCCUCCCAGUCAUAGCUGUGGAUCAGGAGUCUGGGGACGCUGCCUAUACUUCCAUAGUGGUAGACGUCCUCCCGGAGGGGAAACCAAUCCCUUACGGCCCCCUCAGAGAGGGCCAUCUGUCCGGCUGUGUGGUGGGGAAGGCCCUGGUCCUGUGCUUCCUGUUCAUGGUCCUACUGGGCUGCGUGCUGUAUGUGAUGGCCUGGCUGAUGAAGAAACACAAGGGCCACAGGGAGAGGUGCUGUGUGGCCCAGGGCAAGCACCCCAACGUGAGUUUAAGAUGGUACCAGCUGAUGAACCAGCGCGGUCCUCUGGCCCAGAUGGAGGAGGUGGCCUUCACCGACGGGGACCUGGGGACCUACAACCCCUCCUUCAGCCCCCCGGCCAAGCCCCCCGGGGUCUUCAUCCAUAAGGACCUGCCCCCCUGCCGCGGUGGCCCCGCCCCCCUCAGCACCGCCCGCCCCCCCGACACCACCUUCGUCCCCAGCCCCACCGGCGCCUGCUCCCCCCCGCCCGUCAGGUGCUCCUCCAGCGGGCCCGUCCUCCACCCCCCCGUAGCGUCUGUGAACCACUCGCAAAUGCACCCUCCGUCCAAAUCCCCCCCCCCGGAGGAACACGAAGGGUCUCCGACAGCACCGUCACCUGGUGGUGGUGGUGGGGGUGGUAUAGGGGCUUGGGCUGACCCUGAACCAACCACCACCACCCCCCCCACCACCACCAGCCCCGGCCUGAUGAGGCCCAGAGACCCCCGUCCCCCCCCCCUCCCCGCCGCCACUCCUUGGUCCGACCCCACCCUGUCCAACACCCAGCUGGGCCACGACCAUCCCCUGGCUCCACCCUCCCCCGGCGGAGAUCCCGACCCUGCUCCCCCCCCCUACCCCACCCCGCCUGCCUCAGCGACACCCCCGGAGCCAUCGCGUUCCCCCCGAGGGUCCGCGCCCUGCUCCCGGACGCCGUCCAUCACCACCCCUCGCUCCCCACCCCUCCUAGACGCCACACCUCCGGAAACCCCCGAGCGACCCCCGGCUGGGACCCCCCCGUCUCCAGACACGACCGGCCCCCCGACGGUAGACGUACCCUCCGCCUCCCCGGGCCACCCGGGCGCAGUAGGGGCGGCCGCCGGGGGCUCGGACGGCCGGCCCGCCCCCCCAACAAACUCAGAGGAACCCGCGCCCGGCUGCACCGAGGGCGGCACCCAGGGCACCCAGGGCGGCACCCAGGGCGGCACCCAGGGCACCCAGGGCGGCCGCGGCUGA